AUGAAUCGCAAAUCAUCCUGCUCAAGCAAUCAAGACAGGUCUAGGGACCUAUUUCUUACCUUAGCAGUACCGGACGGUCUAGGAGGUAAAUUUUUCAUAACACGAGAACUUGAAGAGGGGGAACGCGUCAUCGAAAGUUUCAUAAAGGAAUUCAGCCAACAUCAGGAAGAAUGGGAUGCACUGAGGACUACUGCAUUAAAAACCAUCAAGAAUGGCCUGAGUAAUCUCGGCAUACGGGCGCGAGUAACCAGUCGAAUCAAGUCUGUUCCGUCGUUGCGGAAGAAGCUGCGCGAAAGAAACAAACGAAAGGGGUACGUCGACAUGGACAGCAUUCUAGGUGAUCAGGUCGACCUCGUUGGUAUUCGGAUCUCCCUAUUCUUCCCCAACCAACAGCCUGAGGUGGUUCAAAUGCUCAAGGAAGUCUUCAACUAUGAUUCUACUCGCUGCUUCCACCGAGACUGGAAGCCCAGAAAGUUGCAGAUCUACGAUAAGAUGAAUGGAGAAUAUGGAGCAGAUCAUCUUUGGUUACGCCUAAACCAAGAUGCCCAAACUCCUACGGAGUUAUCGAAAUCUGGGAAACACCUUGAUCAAAGAUUUGAGGUUCAGCUCCGAUCAUUGUUAAUGGAUGUUUGGUCCAGUAUGAGUCAUGAUCUAGAAUAUAAGUCGCUCACAGGAACUCCUUCUGUCGCCGAGUACCGACUUCUCGACCUACUUAAAGGAUCUGUUGAAAACGUCGAUAUUGAAAUUCGCCAAGCCCAUGAGACACAGCGUCGUGAAACUGAGGACAAACAAUUGGCAUCUUCCGCAGAGUUGGGGGAAAUUCUCUCAGAGUAUUUCCGGCAAGACGGGUCUCAGGAACCUCCCCAAGAUGACAUUGACCUAUUCAUCACAUUGCUGAAGGGAGUGGCUCCAACCGCACCUCCCCAAGUUGGGCAAGGUUUUGUCAAAUGCGCAGGGCAACUUACAGCACUUCGUGAUCUGCAUCUAAAACGUCUCGAAACUGACAGAAAGCCCUUGUGUCUCGAUGGCGUGAACAAACUCCUCGCAGACCACACGCCACAGGACUUGCUUAUGGAAGUACCUAUGGGGAACACUGAGCUCUUGUUCUCGAUGCUAAAACGCAUGGAUGCCAAUACACCUCGUGAAUUAAGGAGGUUUAUGUUGAACCGAGAUAUCAGAGGGCGCAUGCACAAGGAUAUCAAAUCUUGGAGCUGUGGUGUUAAUAUACUACCGCCGACAAUAUCUCUUUAUGUGAUGAAGAGGAUUCUGGACGGAAUGGGGCGUGAAGACCUUACGCCGGAAGCCCAGCGACCCUUGUGGUACUAUUCAAAUAACUUGAUUUCGACGGCUCAAAAGGACUGGGUUGACUCCACUUUCUUUGAUCCCGCGUGCGACUCCAUUACCAUUGUGUUCACCUGUGUAUUCUUUAUUCCCGAAAUGUGA